UUACACAGCUGUUGAUUUUUUUUACAUCAUGGAAGACUCAAUUGCUCGUGAAUUUGAAAUAAAAUAUCUAAAAGAAGAAAAAUUACUCAUUGAAAAGCUUAAAAAAUGUGAAGAACAAAGAGCCAACAUGAGAUCUGAAAAUAAAUUAAAUUAUAAAAAUUAUAACAAUUCAAAGUUUGUAAUUUCCAAAGAGGCUGCAAUAAUUAGAAAUGAAAAAUUAUUAAAGGAUUUAGAAAUAUCACGAGCACGUUUACGAACACUUACUUCAUUUUCACCAACUGAUCGGGAACUUUAUGAUCGUAUCAUCACUUAUCGUACUUGCAUGAUUCAUAAUGAUCCAUAAAUUAAAAUUAUCAAAUGAUGAUUUAUUAUAUCAAUCUGAUAACUCGAGCCGAACGAACAAACUAACAAAUAAUAUAAAGUUUGUUGAACGUCAGGAUCGAUAAAUCAGAUCGAAUAAAAUUGACUUAAUUAAUUUGCACUUCUUUUGCCUAGCAACA